UUUUUUUCUUCUUCUUUUACUUCACCUUUGAUCCUCUACCCACACCUCCUCUUCUUCUUCUUUGUCUUCUUUGUCUUCUUUGUCCUCUUCAAUCUUUCUCUCACUUGAUAUCUAUAUUUCUUCCUUGUGUCUAUCUCGCUGCUCCUUAAUCUCUUCAUUUACCUUCCAGUCUAUCUGUCUGUGUAGAUGUUCUUUCUAUUACCAUAGAUAAAAGCUUGGCUUCUUUUUAAAAGUAAUCUGUUCUGCGUUAUUCUUGUUGCUUUUUAUUUGAUUUUAUUCUGUUAAAUAAUUAUUAUUUGUCUUCUUUAUUUCGCCUUUUCUUUAUUUUUUCUUUGAUUUCUCUGUUUAUCUUUUUUCUUUUUUUAAAAAAAAGAAAGAAAAACAAAACAAACAAACAAGCAAGCAAACAAACAAACAAACAAAAUCUACAUGCAAAACCCUGCACGUCUCUCACAGGCUAGCAAUAGCAGCAGUCUGUCUUCUUACCCAUCUCUCGAUCGAAAUCCCCAAUUGAGUGAAACAACCGUCGAUGACGAUGAAUCAUGUUACAUCCCGCUGGACAUGACAGGUGACACGGAUGCCGACAAGGACCUUGUCAUUAUGUCCCUGUACGAAUCCUUGCACAUCCACAAGAAGUUUCUCGGGAGCUUUCAUAUGCAGCAAGAAAAAGAAAUCCUGGCUCGACAGGAACAAGAGGAGGACGAAUUACAUGUAACCAAGGAUGCCCUUUUAUCAACCCAAAAAGAAAAAGAAAUCGCAGACAGUGCACUCGCAGAGCAGCAGCAGCGGUACGAGCAACUCGAGCAAUCAUAUCAAGCUCUGGUCCAAGAACACAGUCUCCAAAAAGAAGAGUUCAAGAAGAUGGAAAAAAACUUUUAUUCUUAUAUGCGUUCUGUACGAGCAACGGAUGACGACCUGUCAACAAUCCAGUCCGAGUUUACCCACAUUUCAAGUCAGCUGAAUAAUAUGUGCAUGUCUCUCAAGUCCAGUAUUGAUCGAACAAAGGCAACCGCAUUUGUGUUUGCAAGAUGGCCAGACAAACGAGCGAUUAUGGAGGAGCAUAUGUUGAAAGAAAAUAACAAUAACAAUAACAAUAAUAACAGUAACAGUAAUGAAGGACUCGAGACAAGUUACCUCACUCUCUUAACUGAAAAAUACCUUUUUGAGAGUCUUUUAGCGGAGAUACUCAACCAACCUGUCCAUCUGGGAGUAUCGAUUAAUGAUGCAUUUCGACAAUUGUCAGAUUGGAUCAAGCCUCGUAAUCCAGAAUGGACACUUCGGCUAAGACAGCAACUAAGUGCUCUGGUGGUCAAGCAGGCAGACGAUGAGCAACCUGCAAUCGUACAGGCCAUGUCUCAAUUGGUCGAUGACAUCAUGGCUGGGCUUGGGUCAAUGUACCCGACCAUUCAUACCGACAGCAGGCACCGGGGCAAGAUUGAGACAAUUGUCGCAAGGGCCGCCCAUCUUAAUCUUGCAAUCAAAGGCCAGGAUAUUGACAUUGGGACUGUGCCAGUUGCAGAAGGCGCUGUAUUUGAUUCUACAUUAAUGAAGGCUGCGGGUCGAGGAAAGCCCCAGGGAAAAGUAUUAUUGGUGAUUUCACCUCUGUUUAUGGCUCACGAUCCCAAGGACAGUGAACAUGGGUUCCUGAUCCGCGCAAAGGUGUUCUGCGUCUGAAUAAAAGCGUCACACUUGUCUGUCUUGACUUUUUUCCUCCUCU